AUGGAUUACCAGGCCAACAAGUUCGCUCGAUUGUACGAUCCCAACUGCUACCUGCUGCUGUCAAAGGCCAUGGAUCUGGCCAACCUGGGUCGCAAUGCGCUCAAUCUCGCCGAGGGCACUAGCCGCAUCUCGUGCGACACUCUGAUCAUCGGCAUUAAGCAGGACCUUUUGAUCCCGAUCCAGGAACAGCGCAAUCUGGUGAACAUCUUGCAGUCGUAUGGCCACAGUGCUCAGUUAAUGGAGGUGGAUUCCAAGUUCGGCCACGACGCCAUGUUCAACGGCCAAAUGCAGCGCGACGUCUUCUCUCCACUGGUACGCGAGUACGUUGAAGAACAGCUCGCCAACAUCCUGCCGCACGAGCAACACCGCUACAGCAGUCUGUAA